AACAAUAAUAAUAAUAACGAAAGGAGUAGUUGUGAAAAUUUGUAAAUACUGUUAUCUAAAUUCAAUUCACCUGAUACAUGCAAUUUCGCGAGUGAGCAAAAACUAUUCAAUCGGGGUAGCCUGUAUUAUCAUUCUACGUUUCUCGUCUUGUUCAAUAAAUUAUCCCGCAUAUGUUAAAUUAAAAUUAUUCAUUCAUUCGGCAUUCAGCCGAUUACUAUAAACGUAAUAUAAUACAUUUUUAACUAAAUAACUGCAUUGUAGGUUGUUUGCGAUGAGUUUGUGCAACAUUUUAAACACCUUGCGAACCACUCUCACACCCUUGUCCUAUAAAGUGAAGAUAUCAUGUGAGCAUAAAAUAAGAGUGAUAAAGAAAUCUAACGGAUGAUCUGUACUGAUGCGAUGCGUUUGAUUGUUAUUAUUUAACCUAUUAUUUUUAUUUGUUCGAAAAGCCGCGGAAAAGAUUUUGCGCGCGGCUCGUUACGCGAAAUUAAUGUCAAUUGAUAUUUGAAUACGAAGUCCAGUGGCCAAGAUUUGACAAUUUGAAAAAAGCUUAUUCGUCAAUAAGUAGUGCAAUCGACUGCGUGAUAUGCAAACAUGGGCAGUAAACAUAUCUUCGAUACCUCGUUUAGUACAACGGCACGAGCAGCUUAUUCACAUGAUAUCUUUGAUUCUUGUAAAUUUGUAAACCCGUUUAACCAAAAUAUCAAAACCUUGUACUACCUACGAAUCUUACUUCUCAACUGAUAAUUUACCAUACCUGUAAUUCAAUUUCAAGUAAGUAUUUCGUAGUUUUAUUUCUAUCGCGCGUCAUCGUAAUCGCCAUCAUUGUACCUAUUACGUGUAUCCGUCAUAUCCGUAUACGAUACAAUAAUACGUAUUGAAUCGUAUAAGUAAUAACCGAUCACCGAAACGUCAAACCGUAUAAUAAUUUUGAACGAAGGAAGAAUUUUUAAUUCACGCGGACGAGUAAUCGAAACUAUGUACAAGUAAAGAGACAUAGAACAAAUGUACUCGCUGCAAGACACGAUUAUCCAUUAUCUCAUCCAGACAACAUUUUUGUAAUUGGAAUAAAAUUUAUAUGACUGUUGGAAUGAUCGAAUCUGCUCCACGGUAUAAUUCUGUACAUGAUGUGCGUAACACCUGACGGCAAAACUUGGAUUUUAACGUUAGAACUACCGAGGUAAAUGUACAACAUGACGCAAGAAUUUAAAAAUGACAUUGUAAAACCAGUCUAAUGAAAUAAAAAUAAAAUUCAUUGUAUUACUCCUCUUGUUAUCGGUGUAAAAGUCAAUGUACAUCAUUGCGAGAAACAAAUGUAACGUGAAGUAGUAAACGCAGUCAUAUUAACCGGUACUGGUAGUUCUAGUGUUAAUUGACAAAAAAAAAAAGAAAAAAAAAGGUGUAUACGGAUAAUGAACGGAAAAAAAGAAAAGAUUUAUUAAGAAGGAAAGAAAGAAAAUUUAAUAAGAAGUAAAAAUAAAUCUUGCCACGCGUACGAGAUUAUAUAUAAAUUAUUAUUAUUAUUAUUAUACGUAUAUGAUAAAAUCCUGAUUUGAUCUAAGCAAUUGAUUUACUAGUAUAUUGUAUAUAUAAAUAUUAUUCAAACGACUUUAAUGCAAUUAUGCGAUAAACGUCAUGAAUUCUAGAUAGGUGAAUUGUUUACAUAUAAUAUGUGGAAUAUUCCGAUAAUUCCAUAUACUUUAUCACGCUGUAAAAUUUCAAUUUAAAAGAAAAGCGAUGAAAAAAGGAAACCAACUAAUCGACAUCACUGACUUGUUAACACAUCAUCUUGUAAUAAUAAUAAUUCAAUUUUAAAUCCAUAUACCCAACUCUUUAUCUCUCUCUCUCUCUCACUAUCUCUCUCACACUCUUUCUCUCUCCCAUUCUCUUUCUCUCUAUCCAAGAAAGAAAAAAAGAGUCGAAACCUCCAAACUCUGCACCGUAAAUCUCACUUCCUUCACAUUUCUUUUUCUUUUUUUUUUUUUUUCGACUGUCGCCAAGAACUUCGUCUUUGAAAUGCCAACAAAGAUGAACGAAGGCGAAGGAAAGAAUAAAAACUAAAAUUAAAAAUACCUGCGAAGUUAUUGAUGUAAUAGUGCAGUGAAUACGCGUUGAAGUUCAAGGCUGUAUAUCUAUAUAUACAUAUAUAUAUAUAAGCUAUAUAAAUGGAAAUAAUAAUUCCAAAUCUCUUUUCUAUUCCUUUGUAAUCGUAAUGCAUACCUGUAUAAUAUCAUGGCGGGAUAUUGAAUAAGGGAAGAAAAUUAACAGCGACAUUGAGGACGAUGAUAAAUAGUGAUUUGUAUUGCAAAAGAUGAGGAAACAAGAAGAGAAAAAAAAAAAGAAAAUAAUGAAAAAAAAAAAGAAAACAAUGUCGUCCAACGGUGUGUUGUGUAUUAUUUCCGGUUUUGUCACGAUGUGUUGUAUCUAGGUAUUGUGCAUAACGUUCGACGGAACAAGGUAUAUUAUCGUCUACUGCAACGGUCGCGUAAGAAGAUUCAAAGAAGAGCAAAAAAAGAAAAACGUUAAAAAGAUAGAAAGAAUUAAACAACCAUGACUGAACUUAGGGGAGAAAAGAAUAGAAAGAUAAAAAGAGAAAAAAAAAAAAAAGGAACGCAAAUACUGUCUAAUUCUAAUAUAUCGACGUUGUAAUAUAUCGAGAUAGUAUCUGAAUUUCUGAUAACAUCGUAAAAAGAGACUAAGAAAAGAAAAGAAAAGAAAAAAAAAAAAAAAAACGAAACAAAUCGUACCUUCUCGGUUAAAGUUGCCGCAAUACAAUCAGACAAUUUGAACAAAGAAAGUAAAAACCGUAACAAUAGCAUGAUACGUACGUACGACUACUUGUAAACAUGUUUAGAUAAGUGUUGAGUAAGAGGUACAUAAGCUUACGGAAAAAAAAACAAAUAUAUAUAUAUAUAUAUGUAUAUACAUAUAUAUAUACAUGUAUAUACACAUAAAAUAUAUGAAAGCGUGAGUAGCUUGAAGAGUUUUCAUUCUAUCGUCAAAUCAUACAUUAUCUAUACAUACAUAUAUGUAUAUAUACAUAUAUAUGUAUAAUAUAAAAUAUAAUUCCCUUCCCUGUAUACUAAAUAUUUAAGACGCCAAUUGUUAAGGGCAAAAUGAAUGCGCUGUGCGAUAACACAUAGAGCUACCCGACACAGAUGUAUGCAUACAGACAUAUGCACACACGUGAAUACAUGCACAGACACUUGCAUAAAUUAUAUAAAGGUAUCUAGGUACGAGAAUAUUCGAAAUCGAAGGGUAAACGCGUCGCAGUUUUAUCUAUGAUACAUAACAUAAUUAUUGUGUCGUUGCACUGAAAAUUCUAACAAACCUGGAGGAACCAAAGAGACAAAAGUAUUUGCUCAGCGAUCCAUCUAUGCGUGCGUCUAUAUAUAUACACAUGCAUGUCUGUAUACAUAUAUAUACCGAAAGGACUCGGGGAGCUGCUCGGAGACCGACGAAGACUCGACGUUGAAACGAAGCAUUCAUUUUGACAUUAAUAGAAAAAUCUUGUAUAAUAAUGAUUAAGCAUAUGAUGACUGGGGAAACCCAUAGCCUUUCUCUUAGACUUAACGAACACCGUGAGGCAAAAGCACUAGUACGAGAAAAUGAAAAUGAUAAGUAUGAAUGACGAAGAAGAAGUGACAUGAAAUGUAAGACGGAAUUAAAUGGAAAGAAAAGAAAAGAUACGUAAACGAGAAAAGAGAAAACUUCAUUCGAACCAACGAACUAGUAUUUUUGUUUGUCGGUGCCGUACCUCUUAGGUAAUUAAUUGGGCCCUAUUCUAUCCCUCCGAGAUACGUUUCCAAUUUCACAUAUUCGUGUACGAAGAAAAGAGAAAAAAAAAGAAGAAAAAAAUUAUUAACAAUAAUAAUAAUAAUGAUAAUGAUAAUAAUAAUUAAAUGAACUCAUGUUUCACUAAUUUGUUUGUGCUAUAAAUUUUGUGAUUUUUACGUCGUUCAAUAAAUUGUCUGUUUUGUUGGAUUUCAUAUUCAAUCUGUGUGUCUCCUCAAGCAGUGACAGACAUUUUCCUCGAAAACCUUUAUUUCUGAAAUGCUAACCUCGUAACUAUAGUUGUCAACUUGUCGGUAUCGUUAAUGUUAUUCGAUUAUACAGACCUCGCAGUUGAUUACAUUCAUCGAUAAAGACCGUACUUCGAGCAAGAUGUCGGGCGAGUUGUUUCAUAUUUGUUUUAAAAAUUGAAAUCCUCCAAGCGCAAUAUUUUUAUUAUCGUGGAUAUCGCGUGAUCUCAUACAAAAGUGAGAGGACGAAUUUCUUUCAACUCGGCGCGAUUAGCUAUUCCUUCAUUUGCAAAUUUACUUAUACGAUGAAUUAGCCUAAGCUAACGCGAAUUAUCUACGUAUAUCUAACAGUCGAUAAUCGAUAUGCGGACGUUACACGAUAUAAAUUAUCCCAAUUAACUUACCCUCUGAGAGAAUUCGUAAAAUUGGCACAGUUCGAUAUAAUCGUCGUUCAUGGGUGUAUUUUUCCUCACACGUUCGUCGCAUUUUCUUGAAUGCGUUCGGAAAAUGUCGCGAGUCUCGGAUCGCGUUGAAACUUACUUUAAACUGAACAGAUUCUUUCUGUCGUCGAUUGGCCUUUGGCCCUAUCAAACGCCUUGGGAAAGUCGAUUGGGUUUGAGCGUUCUGUUCGCUUUUACGUCAAGUUUGUUCUUCAUGCAGUUUUUAGGUAUGCUCGAGGUGAGAAACAACAUGGACGAUGUUAUAGAAUGCCUGUCCCCUCUCGGUGUUGCGAUAUUGUGCGGAAUAAAAGUGAUCAAUGCGGUUACAAAUAGCGAUAAGAUGAAAAACUUGCUGACAAAGAUCCAGAAAGACUGGGACGUAUCCGUCGUUUCUGACCAAGAAACGACGAUCGUGAAACGAUACGCCGAAGAAGGUGUCAAGUUGACGAAGAUGUACGCAUACGUCAUGUAUACCGGCAUGUCUUUCUUCAUAUUACCGCCGAUUUUAUCAAACCUUCAACUAGCGAAUUCGUCAGAGAAUAAGACCGAAACGCGUAGACGUCUGCCUUACAUAGCGGCGGAUUACAUCGACACGGAGAAGUACUUUUACUUGAUGACGCUCCACGCCUACGUCGCGACGGUUUUCUUCGUGACAAUAAUUAUCGGCGUUGACUCGACGUUCACCGUUUAUCAGCAGCACGGUUGUGCCAAAUUUGCAAUAUUGAGGUAUCGAUUGACGCGUAUAAUCGAGCCGGGAAAUCUCGACGUCGAUUUGAAUCCUCCUGAAAUCGAUGAUUUCGUAUACAAGAGGACUAAACUAUGCAUCUAUCUUCACAAGGAAGCUAUACGUUAUGAAAUCGAAUGGUUUCGCGUUUCCAUUCGCACCCGAAAGCUGCUGCUUCAAAUGAUGGCGAGAAGUCUUGAGGUGUGCAAAAUCACUGCGGGAAAAUUUUGUCUCAUGUCGAUGGAAAACUACUGUAGUAUUCUGAGCAACUCGAUGUCGUACUUUACUCUACUCUCAUCGAUGCAAGAAUAGCCGAAUCAAAUGAAACAUGAAAACGUUAUACACAGCACUGUAAAAAUUGUCGAAUAAAAAUCACAGCCCUU